AUGUCAAACGGUCAAAAGGCGGGUAUAUUGACAAAGGAAGAAAUAAAAAAGGAAGCGGAAAGAGCACGUCAAUUGGAAAAAGAAGCUGUCAAAAGGAUCAAGUUAGAACAACAAGGAGAUACUGAAAAUACAGUUUAUCGAGAUGUGUCUGGUAGAAAAAUUGACCCGAAACAAAAAAAGGCAGAGGAGAUGAGACGUAGACGAGAGAAAAUUGAACGAGAAGCCGAAAGAAUGGAAUGGGGAAAGGGGCUAGUUCAAAGAAGAGAAGCUGAAGAGCAAAAAAAGCGAUUAGAAGAAGAAAAGCAUAAGCCUUUAGCAAGGUAUGUUGAUGACCAAGAUUUUAAUGAAGAAUUAAGACAACAAGCACGAUGGAACGACCCGGCUGCGGGGUUCUUGACAAAUAACGCUAGUGUUAGUAAAGAUGGAAAGCGUUUUGUAAAACCAACUUACAAUGGCCCCUGGAAACCUAACCGUUUUAUGAUACCGCCGGGUUAUAGGUGGGAUGGUGUUGAUAGAUCUAAUGGUUAUGAGGAUAAAUUCUUAUUACAGCAAAAUCAGUCAAAGUCAAGGGCCGCCGAAGCCUUUGCCUGGUCUACUGAAGACAUGUAA